CAGCUGCAAAGGGGGAGGGACCACUAUGCUCAGGAAAAUUACACUUUGCAGAACGCUUCUGUCAGGUCCUACUGUCUGUCUCUUUCCUGGCAUUUCAUACCUCCAAGAUUCAGGUUUGCUUUUCCAUCUCUUCCCUGUGCAUCCCUGCCAACAGAGCCUAUUGCCAGCUGUCUAAGCUGAAGAGCAGUAAUCUACGUCUUCUUACUGCCAUGAGGAAAAUGUACCCCCUCGUUCUCUUUGUAAUGGGCUCCUUUUGUCUGAACGGAAGCAUGGCAGCAGAUGCUGAAGAAAAACUAAUGAACCACCUCCUGAGUCCUGACAGGUACAAUAAGUUAAUUCGACCAGCUGUCAACUCCUCCCAGUUGGUAUCCAUAGAACUGCAGGUUUCCCUGGCACAGCUUAUUAGUGUGAAUGAACGGGAGCAGAUCAUGACUACAAACGUCUGGCUGAACCAGGAGUGGAUUGAUUAUCGGCUGGCUUGGAAGCCCUCUGACUAUGAAGGAAUAAAUAAGCUGAGAAUACCUGCAAAACACAUCUGGUUGCCAGACAUUGUGCUUUACAAUAAUGCGGACGGCACGUACGAAGUCUCGCUGUACACAAAUGCCAUUGUAAAUAACAAUGGAAGCAUUCGCUGGUUGCCACCAGCCAUUUACAAGAGUGCCUGCAAGAUUGAGGUGAAGCAUUUCCCAUUUGACCAACAAAACUGCACCCUCAAGUUCCGGUCCUGGACGUACGACCACACAGAAAUUGAUAUGGUGCUCAAGACUUCCAUGGCAAGCAUGGACGACUUCACACCCAGCGGAGAGUGGGACAUUGUAGCACUCCCAGGAAGAAGGACUGUAAACCCUCUGGACCCCAAUUAUGUCGAUGUGACAUAUGACUUCAUUAUUAAAAGGAAACCACUUUUUUAUACCAUCAAUCUUAUCAUUCCCUGUGUGCUAAUUACAUCUUUAGCCAUCCUAGUAUUCUACUUGCCUUCAGACUGCGGUGAAAAAAUGACUUUAUGCAUAUCUGUGUUGCUUGCCUUGACUGUGUUCUUGCUGCUGAUCUCCAAAAUUGUCCCUCCAACAUCUCUAGAUGUUCCACUGAUUGGCAAGUAUCUCAUGUUUACAAUGGUGCUGGUGACCUUCUCAAUAGUUACCAGUGUCUGUGUGCUCAAUGUCCACCACAGAUCUCCAAGUACUCACACUAUGCCCCCGUGGGUAAAGCUGGUUUUCCUUGAAAGGCUCCCAGCCUAUUUGUUCAUGAAGCGCCCAGAAAAUAAUCCUCCACAGCAAAAGCCAUGCAACUGCAAAAAGACAAAAACAGAGAAUCCUUGCAUGGAGCCAUCUGACUUCUACAAGAACUCUACCUAUUUUUUGAAUACAGCUUCUGCUAAAAGAUAUGAUAUGAAAGUCUCUGAGACACCUGACAAUGUCAGCAGUCAUCGAGAUUUUAGGUUAAGAACAGGUGCAAAAUUUUCUCCUGAAGUGCAAGAAGCAAUUGAUGGAGUCAGUUUUAUAGCAGAGCACAUGAAAAGCGAUGACAACGACCAGAGUGUCAUUGAAGAUUGGAAGUAUGUUGCCAUGGUAGUGGACAGGCUGUUUCUCUGGAUAUUUGUCCUUGUUUGUGUCCUGGGGACUGUUGGAUUAUUUCUGCAACCACUUUUUCAAAACCACACUGCUGCCAUAAACCCUUAGCUAUUAUUUUAAAUGUCAAUACUUACACAGACAUUUGGUCUCAUUCUGCUCUCAGUUCCACUUUGUUAACUCCGCAGAGGUGCCAAGUGAGUUGCACUUACAUCCCUUAGAGUAGGGAAAAGGAACGUAGAGCUUAACUUACUGGGAUA